AUGCGUAUGGGUAACAAUAACCCAUAUCACAUAGUUUUCCAAACUAACCUGUAUGCUACACAGAUAGGAAAACCAUUUACACCUACUUAUGAUGGUGAAAUUAGAGUUUUUAUUGGAUUAAAUAUGUGCAUGAGUGUUAAACGUCUUCCAAGCUAUCGGGACUAUUGGUCUAGUGCACCAGAUUUACACGAUGAGUAUAUAUCAAGUAUGAUGAGUGUAAAAAGAUUUAGUUGGCUUCUAUCACACAUCCAUUUCAAUGAUAAUCAACUUCUACCAAAACGUGGGGAAGCCAACUAUGACAAACUAUAUAAAAUUCGGCCAUUAUUGGAUUAUAUUGGUCAAAACUUUUUUAAUUCAUAUAGACCUCACAGGGAUGUCGCUGUUGAUGAAGCUAUGGUAAAAUUCAAGGGUCGAAGCACUCUAAAGCAGUAUAUGAAAGAUAAGCCAGUAAAAAGGGGUUACAAGGUGUGGAUGUUAUGUGAUAGUUCUGGGUACAAUUUAAAAUUUGAAGUGUAUACAGGUAAAAAAGAAGGGACAGUUGAAGCUGGUCUUGGAGGUAGGGUAGUACUUGAUUUAUGUAAGGAAUUGGAAAAUAAAAAUCAUGUUGUAUAUAUGGACAACUUUUUUUCAAACAACCAGUUGCAAAGAGGCGAAUAUGAUUGGGCAACAAGCAAUAAGGGAUUGGCUUUUUAUAAAUGGAAAGAUCGAAAAACAGUUCAUAUAUUAUCUUCUCUUCACUCACCAGAUGACAAAGUAUUUGUCAACAGGAAAGAAAAAGAUGGAAGUACUUCUAAAGUUCCAUGUCCUUUAGCAUUGAAGGAUUAUAAUUCAAAUAUGAACUUUGUUGACAACUUUGACCGUCUAAAAAAAGAUUACCAGUGUGAUAGAAAAAGCCAUAAGUGGUACAUGAGACUGUUUUUUCAUUUUAUUGAUUGCUGUGUUGUCAAUUCAUUUAUUAUUUACAAAGAAUUGGAUACAGAAGGUAAAAAAUUAACUAAUAAAAAUUUUCGUAGAGAGGUUUACACAGGCUUAUUAUCUAGAAAAUUAGUUGAUGUGCAAUCCCCAUCCACAGUGAAAAAAAGAACUAAAUCCAAUAUUGAAAUCAGCAACCAUAAGCCACAUGUCUCAAAACAUCUGAGACUUACUGAAUCUAAACAUCAACCAACUGAAGGCAGUAGUAGAAGGUGUGCGAUGUGUUCAACUAAAAAAAAACCACAAAGAACAAAAUGGAUUUGUUCUACUUGUAAAGUUCCUUUGUGUAUCAAGAAAGAAAAAACUUGCUUUCAAGAUUAUCAUACAAAAUAA